ACCAAGCAUUUAUAAUUAAUAUUAAGCCUCUUUGUGGUUAUUUGGGAGCAGCUGCCGAGACACAGAGAACUCUGCCUCCAUCACUCUGGACAAAAAGUAAUUCAAAGUGAAUCAAAGACCUUGUGAGAUCUGAAGACCUGUUAAGACAAGAGGAAAAUGUAGAGAAAGCACUUCAAGAUAUAAGCAAGGAAUUUCCAAAAAGGACUCCACCAGUACAAGAAAUGAUUACAAGAUUUGACAAAUGGAAUUGUUUGACCUUAAAAAGCCCCUGCAUAACAAAGGAAAUAAUCAGAAUGAGAGACAUCUGUGCUGUAUGUACAUUGGACAGGAUGAUUAUUCACAAUAUAUAAAGAACUAAAAUCACUCCCUUUCCCCAAAAGGGCAAACAAUGGAUGUGCAAGUAAAUUUAAAGACAUUUCUCAAAAAACAAAGAUGAUUAAUAAAUACAUGAAGAAAUGUCCAAUAUUGUUAGUCAUAAGGAAGUUACAUUGAGCUUAUGCUUCACCCAGUUGAAACAACUAUUAUCAAGAAAGCAAAUCACAACAAAUGCUAGUGACCACGUGGAAAAGGAACCUUAUACAUGACCCGUGGGAUCACAUGUUCAGUGUGUGGGGCACAUGGUGGUAUGAUGUGAGCACCAAAGGAUUUGGACAGCUUCCCCCUUACAGUCUUGUUGUCUGCAUCCCACAUGACCACUACUCUAGACUGUAUCUGCUCAAUGUGUAUGGUUUUCCUUAAUAUUUCAUGUUCCAGCCAUCUUUAAAUUCCUGGGGUCUCCAUUACAGCCUUGUAUCAUCCUCAUGGCUUAAGUUAUUGCUUAUUCAACAGCUUCCUGAACAGACUUCAACUCCAAAACACAUAGUGGACUAAAUGCAUUUUGCAUUAUGUUAUGGUUACAGGCCCAUGGGAUCCAGGGAUGGAAUGUGGAGGUUUGAAGGAGUAUGGCCCCCAGAGACUCAUGUGCUUGGAUUCUUGGCCCAUAGGGAGUGGCACUAUCAGGAGGUGUGGCCUUGUUGGAGUAGAUGUGUCACUGUGAGGCAAGCUUUGUAGUUUCAUAUGCUCAAGGCAUGCUCAGUGUGGGAGACAAUUCAUUUCCUGUUGCCUGCAGAUCAAGAUGUAGAACUCUCAGCUACCUCUCCAGCAUCAUGUCAGCCUCCAUGCUGCCUUGCUUCUUGCCAUGACAAUAAUAGACUAAACCUCUGAAACUGUAAUCCAUCCCUAAUUAAAUAUUUUUCUUUAUAAUAGUUGCUGUGGUCAUAGUGCCUCUUCAUAGCAAUAGAAAUCCAAACCAAGACACAUAGUCUGGCCUCACAGACUUUCCUUGACCCCCAUGAUUUGGUAACUUUCAAAUUCUGUACAACUACAAAGCCAGGACCAUAUAGAUUAUUCCAAGGUCUGCCACCCAUUGUAGAGGUCAUUGGUCCUCCUUUGACCGUGGCUGAAGUAACCAUUCAGAUCUUGAGUGUCUGACACAACAAAGCAUUUCCUUAGGUUGCUCUAUAUGUGGAAGGCAUCCUAGCACUGUCUUCUCAAAGCAAAGCCUUUCAAAUGAGUUUACAAUUUCACCCUGGAAUGGGAGGGGCCAAUUCUUAAACUGUUCUUAAGGCAUCUUUCUUAUUGUCCCAAUGAAAAGAGCUUGGCUUUUUAAAGUGUGGCCCAACAUUAAUUGCUCUUUGCUGGUCAAAGUUUUUCAAAUCUUUAUACCUCAGUUUUUAUUCCUAAUUCUCACAGUAAACCUACCUGAAAGCAGCCAGCAGUUGUCUGAAUCUGUACUGCCAUGAAAUUUCUUCUACCAGAUUCAUUAUCCCAUUGUCUUUGAACUCAGCAUCACAACAUCACAGAACAGAUUAAAUGUAGACAAGUUUGUACUUGUUUUCCAGAAUGUGACAUGGAUGGAUUCUAGUCUGGUUCCUUAAACUUCUCUUCCAUCAGGAACCUCAUGAGCACAGCCAUUACUCUGCAUUCCUAUCAGCAUUCUGGUCUUUGGUACUCUUGUCAGAAUGACCCACAAAGCUCUGUUUACAAGAAGACUGCUUAUUUGCGUCCCUGAACCUUUCCGCCGUCCUCAGCAAACCCUUUCCAAAGACUCUAAACCACUGGAUGAGAUGCUAUCACAGCCACUAUCCUAGUUCUCAAUGCCAGUUUUUGGUGCUACUCGACUUUCUGUGCUGUGACAACAGACUGGACAGCAGUAACUUAAAGGAUGACAGAUUAUUCCGGUUCAUGUUUUCAAAGACUUCCUGUUCACCAGGCUCUGGUUUCUGUGGUGAAGCCUGACAGUAUGACAGAAGGGUGUGCUGGAAUAAAGACUGCCAGCCUCAUGGUAUUCUGGAAGCAUAGGGAUAGAGAAAGAUUGAGGCUGCAAUAUCUCCUCCAAAGGCAUGCCUUAAAUCACUCACUUCCUUUGAGUAGGCCCCACCUCCUAAAGGUUGCACUUCCUCUCAGUAGUACCACCAGCUGGACACCAAGUCUUCAACAGAUGAGACCUUUGAGGGGAUGCAUUUAAACGUCAAACCAUAACACCUUCUUAGGCUACAGCUAGUAGAAGAGGUGUGAGAGGCAGAGCUCAGCAAGACUGGAUUAAACAUUAACUCAGCUGUCACCACAGCCCAGAGCAGCAAGCGCCCCAAAGCCAAGUUUCAGACCUGCCUGGUGUUCCUAGACUAAGGAGUGAGCAGCAGACAUGGCUCACUUUGCACAGGUCAUGGCUGAAGUGGGCGACUUUGGUCGCUUCCAGGUACAGGUGACCAUCCUGAUGGGCAUCCCCAACUUCCUGUCUGCAUUCUUCGUGUUUAGUCAGAUCUUCAUGGUCCUUGAUGAGGCUCACCACUGUUCAGUGUCCUGGGUCAAGAACCACACUUUCAACCUAAGUGCUGCUGAGCAGCUGGCAGUCAGCAUCCCCAACGACACGGCAGGCAGGCCUGAGUCCUGCCUCAUGUUCCGGCCCCCUCCUGACAACGCCAGCCUGCAAGACAUCCUCAGCCACCGCUUCAAUGAGACCCAGGCCUGUGACUCAGGCUGGGACUAUCCUGAGAACAGGCCUCAGUCCCUGAAGAAUGAGUUUGACCUGGUGUGUGAUCGGAAGAACCUGAAGAGCACUUCACAGUCAGUGUUCAUGGCUGGACUCCUCGUUGGGGCCCUCGUCUUUGGGCCCGUCUGUGACUGGAUUGGCCGAAGACCCUCCCUCCUGGUUCAGCUGCUCCUGUCUGCCAUUACGAGCAUAGCCACAGCCUUUGUGUCCAGCUUUGAGCUCUAUAUGGCCCUACACUUUGCCACAGCUACUGCUAUCGCUGGAUAUUUACUAAGCACCAAUGUCCUCCUUUCAGAAUGGGUGGGGCCGUCCUGGAGAACAAAAGCCAUGGUCCUGGCCCAGAGCAACUUUGCCAUUGGACUGAUGGUGCUAGCAGGCCUGGCCUAUGGUGUCCGCAACUGGAGACUCCUUCAGCUAAUAGGCACCACACCAGUCUUCUUGCUUGUCUUCUACUUCUGGGUUUUGCCAGAAUCUCCACGGUGGCUCCUCUCCCAAGGAAAGAUAGAGGAGGCCAAACAGCUGGUCCAGAAGGCAGCUUCAGUGAACAGGCGGCCACUUUCUCCAGAGCUCCUGAGCCAGCUGGUCCCUGAGAAGACAGGCCCCUCGGGGAAUGCCCUGGAUCUCUUCAGACACCCCCGUCUCAGGAAGGUGACCCUGAUUCUCAUUGCUGUCUGGUUUGUGGACAGUCUGGUGUACUACGGAUUUAGCCUCCAAGUGGGGGACUUUGGCCUUGACAUCUACCUGACACAGCUGAUAUUUGGGGCAGUGGAGUUGCCUGCCCGCUAUUCCAGCAUCUUCAUGAUGGAGAAGCUGGGUCGCAAGUGGAGCCAGUUAGGUUCUCUGACUCUGGCAGGCGUCAUGUGCGUCGUCAUCAUCUUCAUCCCAGCAGGUCUCCCCACGGUGGUCACUGUGCUAGCCGUGGUGGGGAAGUUUGCCUCAUCUGCUGCCUUCACCAUAUCCUAUGUGUACACUGCUGAGCUCUUUCCCACCAUCAUCAGGCAAACAGGCAUGGGGUUGGUGAGCAUCUUCUCCAGGAUUGGGGGCAUCAUCUCACCGCUCGUGAUGCUGCUGGAACAGUACCACAGGGCACUCCCCAUGCUCAUCUUUGGCAGCCUCCCGAUCGGGGCAGGCCUGCUGUGUGCUCUGCUGCCUGAGACACGGGGCCAGACGCUGAAGGACACCAUCCAGGACCUGGAACAGGGGUGCCUCCCACGGUCCCACAAUGCAACACCCCAGAGAAAAGAAGUGGAGGCCACAGGAAGGACUUCCAAUAGGAGGAUGGCUGUUGUGAAGAGUUCAUACUUCUGAUGAUGGUCACUAAGAGCCAGCCCAUCAAAAACAGAGGACUGCCACACCAUCUUCUGGAUUUUGUCAGGAUGCAAAGGGAAACAGGCACCAUGCAGCCUUGUUCAUGUAGGCAACACACCAUGACCUGUUCACAGCCCCGGCUCCAUGCUGUGAACCCAAUGGAAGUAUCAAGGACUCUACCCCUUUCUCCUCAUGUCUCACACACACACACCACACCCCAGUACCGUGACUUGGUCUUCCUUGACUGUCUCUGGAGUUAUGGCCUCACUGUCCCCUUAGUUUGGAAUACUCCACCCUCAGGAAACAAACAGAAGGGGACAGCUCCCUCCCAAAUAAAAGCAGCUCAAACCCAGAACAGGGACCAGUAGGACCAGCUGUGGGAGCAGGCUAACAAAGAAACAUGUUUUGCCAGAUUUACUUUGAAGAUCCCUUCUUUCUGGCCAGUGGCCAGCUUGUGCCUUGCAUGUGUGAGGCUGCCAAGGAAAGGAGACUGGGCAGCCCCUCCCCCACCCACUGUGCCUUGAUGCCCAAUAGGUAAGGAAGAGGGUAGAGCUCCUUCUGCUUAGCUGAUUGUGGUUGUUAUUUCCCAUCAUGCCCUGGCUUAUCAGCAGUCUGCAUUUGAUGGCUGCUAAGAGUUGCCUCUGCUACCACGGCAAACUCGUGGGUCAUUUAGAGGUUCUCUGUGCUGUUUGCUAGUGGAAACACCGUUCUCUCACCCUUGUUUAGAGAUGGGAGUAGUUGAGGAUAAGCUGCUGUGGACAUUUCCAAAUGUCCUAUGGCUUACCCUGCUAAGCGGGUUAUCUUUAGUGUUUGCUCAUGAGCAGUUCAGAAGCUAAGCUAUCUGGGAGCCCAGAGGAGAUUUUGCCCAGGCCAGAUCUCAAGGGAAUCUUAUUAUGUAUACAGUGUUCUGCCUACAUAUAUGCCUGCACACCAGAAGAGGGCACAAGAUCAAAUUAUAGAUGGCUAUGAGCCACCAUGUGGUUGCUGGGAAUUGAACUCAGGACCUCUGGAAGGACCUCUGAGCCAUCUCUCCAGCCCCAGAUCUCAAGGGAAUCUUAAGGAGAACAUGGUGGCUAGCAUAUGCCAAUCCACACAUGUCCUCUAGAGGGUGCUGUUGAACAGAUAAAAGCUGAUACACAGUGACUUGCUAUUCAGUGCUGUGGUUGUCUUUGUUGGGGCUGGUGCAGCAUUCAGAUCUUGAGCAUUGGGGGGGCAGGGGUCCUCCAAAUCUGGACCCCAGCCUUCCCAUUUUACAGUGAGAGAUUUUGUUCAUCAUAUGGGAGACACUCUCACCUACCCACACACUUGCACCAAACGGGUGAUUUCAUAGGUUACUUCAUGUUAAACUGCAAACUCUGCUUGAGCAUGAAAAGCAAAGAAGUCUGGCAGUCUGCUCUCCACAGGUGACUUCUGAGAUUGAGACCACUAUCCUAGACAUCUUGAAUUCUUGGCUUCUCUGUGUCCAAGCUCUAAGAUGUUGCCAUACUCCUCUGGUUAACUGUAUCUCUGCUUUGACACGGUCCCCAGAGGCCUGGCCCUUAUGUCGUCCAGUUCCUCUCACAGGUGCAAACCUGUGUCCUUGGAACUGUGGACCAAUGUCAGUAGAUAACCCAUGUCCUCAGCCCUUCUCGGAAGUGCUCUGUCCCCCUGCCUCUGCAUAUGGUUGUAAAAGCUCCCACAGCAGGAGCGCUGGGUGAAGAACCCCUUUCCUCCUCAGUGCGCCUUCACUUGCCAAACUCAGUCUGUGGGAACCCUCUCCCCGAGUCUGGUCUCUUUUGUGUCUGCACCUCCAGGUCACAUGCCCCAUUCUUCUGUAACUUUUCUACCUGGCUCAUGGCCACCCUGUCUAUUCCAGUUACUGUCAUCUUUGGAGAAAGUCAUUUCCUGCCGAAAUCUCAUAUAAAUGAGUAGAUGAGUCUCAUUCAGACACCUCAUUUUCUUACUACAACAUCUGCUCUCGUUCCUUCUGUGUAACUGACCGACAUGAGAGAGAACAAGUUCAAGGUUUAUUUUUUAUUUGUGUAUGUUUACCAGCCUGCCUUGUGAAUGCUGUACCUGAAUAGGCCAGAAGAGGGCAUCAGGUCCCCUGGAGCUAGAGUAACAGGUGUCUGUAAGCUGCCCAACGUAGGUACCAGAAUAGAAUGGAACUCAGCAAGAUCGCCUAACUGCUGAGCCAUCUCUUCAGCCCUAACAGAACAACUUUCAUGGAGGAAGGAUUUCUGCUCAGGGUUUCAAAAGUUUUCAUCCAUAGCUGCUGAGCCUCAUGUGCGUCAGCAGAACAUCCUGGGGGUGGGGAUGUGUGGUGGGGAAAGUUCUCCUGAUGGUUAGGGAAGAAGGUGAGGAAUGGACUGAGGACCAUGCGCAGCUUUCAGAGGUGUGCUUCCGGUGACCUGCUUUCUCCUAGGCCCCACCUCCUAAAGUUUCUCAAAUAGUAUCAAAUAGUCACACGAAGCUCUUGGGGUCAUUUCAUAUUCAAACUCUAAUGGCGUGUUAAUACUUUGGUUGGUUUGUGACUUUCUUUCCUGCCUGGGGUACCACAACAGCAGACAGGUAGUCUGAGGUGAGGGUGCCAGUGUGGCCAGGUUCUGGUGAAGAGCCUUUCCAUAUACUUAUGUGCAUCCCUAUACAUCCUCCUCUAGACCUCAGGUAUGGAAGGCCACUUUUCUUGGUCAUCACAUGGCCUUCCUUGGUGUGUAUGCAUGGAGAGAAAUUUCUCUUUCCCCCUUCCUGUAAGGUCACUAAUUCCAUCUGGAAGGUCCCACCCUAAUGACCAUGUUUAGGUAUGAUCUAAUUAUAGUCAUGCCCUGGCCUCCACAUACCAUGACCCGGGGUAAGGGGUAUCAUGUCCGAACUGGAGGGAAUGCAAGCAUUGUACAGCAGCACUCUCAGCUCCACUGGGACCCUGUGCUUUGUUGGCUCUUCUAGUCUCUCUCUCACCUCUCAGAUCACAGGAUGAAGCCAUCCUUCCAACUGCUGUUGAGACAGAUUGGUCCUGUCCUUGUCACCAGCACCUCACACUUUAAUUCUUGUGUUGUUUGGUUGUGUCCAACUAGAAAAGCCACAGCAUCCCGAGUACCUGUGCUGUCUCUGUACCCCAGAUGGCGAGAGAGUCAUGCACUGUACACUUGCAGUUUUCUGCGAAUUCAGCGACCAGCCUCCCCUGGACACUUAACAGCGCUGCUUCUAAUGGACGUCUUUUCUGUCUCUACUAAUGGUCAUUUUUCUUCUCCACUCUGCAUGUCUCCCGUCCUGCAUUUCCCAACCAGGAACUCGUCCCCUUGCUUCACAAACAGGGGCCACCAUGUGCCAACUCUCCAGGCUGCCUACUAGCAAACAUAUUGACCUAGCGGUGAUGUCAUGACCUUUGUCUCAAACCUGGUUGCUGGUGAAUGUUACCCCUCUUUCCUUGUCAGCCUCUGUCCCCCGUUUCCGUGGGUCAAGGAUCCUGGGCAUCAGGCAGGUGAGUGAAGGCUCUCAGUUGCAUUUGCCUCCAUGUAUCCAUGGCAGCAAGACACUUCCGGUCCUUCUGGAGUAUCCGCUAUUCUCAGAGCUCUCUAGUGAGCCAAUGACUGUCCACUGUGCCAGGUGGUCAGCCCAGGCCACUUGCCUCCAUAGGAGUCUGGGACAAGACUUGACUGCCAUCAUAUCGGCAACAAGAAGGUCUCAGGGCCUCCCUGUGGGACUGGCCCUUGCUGCAUUGCUCCCUGAUUGCCAUCUCCUGGCUUUUGUUCCUCAGAAACUAGGGCCAAAGUGACCAUCAGUUCUGCAUUCAGCUCACAUGGGUUAAAGACCCUUAUAUUUACUAGUUUCUUCAUACAGCAAAGGGCGACAAAUGGUAUUCUAGGGUUUUGUAUGUAAAUGAUGUAACUAUAUGUGUGCAUGGAUGCCGUGUAUAUGUGUGGCAUGUGGGGGUCAGAGGGUUUUAUAGUUAGGGUCUCUAUUGCUAUGAAGAGACACCAUGACCACAGCAACUCUUAUAAAGAAAACAUUUCAUUGACUUGACGGCUUACAGUUUCAGAGAUUCAGUCUAUUAUCAUUAUGGUUGGGACAUGGCAUUAAGCAGGCAGACAUGGUUCUGGAGAAUUAGCUAGGAGCCCUACAUCUUGCUGGCAACAGGAAGUGGUCUCAUUAUCACACUGAGCAGAGCUUGAGCAUAAUAUGAGACCUCAAAGCCCACCUCCAGGGCUGGAGAGAUGGCUCAGAGGUUAAGAGCACUGCCUGCUCUUCCAGAGGUCCUGAGUUCAAUCCCCAGCAAUCACAUGUUGGCUCAUAACCAUCUGUAAUGAGAUCUGGUGCCCUCUUCUGGCAGAUAGGCAUAUAUGCAGGCAGAACACUGUAUACACAAUAAAUAAAUAAAUCUUUAAAAAAAAAAAAGCCCACCUCCACAGUGACGCACUUCCUCCAACAAGGCCACACCUCCCAACAGCGACUCCCCUUGGGGGCCAUUUUCUUUUAAACCACCACAGAGGGUGACCUUGCGUUGUUCUUGGCCUUCUGUCUUGCCUGAGACAGUCUCUUUGCUGUGUAUUCCAGAGUACCUUCUGGGGAUUCCCAUCUCACUACAGUAAUGCUGGUGGGUUAUAGAUGUACACUACCACUCCUGCUUUACAUAAGUUCUGGGGAAUUCAAACAUAGGCCCUCGUGCUUGCGCGGCAAACACGGUACUCACUAAACCACCUCCGCAGCCCUAUCAUGUGUAUGUGCAUGUUUAAUUAAAAACAAAGCUAAUUAGAUGUAUAGCUGGCAUGAAUGUUAGCUCUUUAAGCUCAUGUGUAAAGAAACAAUGUUUUUUGCCCUUAAGCAUCUCUCUGUCACGUGUUCACUGGAGCAUCGGUCUCAGGUGGCCUCAGUGCUCUCCAGUGCCUAGAGAUGAGGCCAUAGGCAGGGCUCGCAGGGCCAGGUGGCUCCGCAUCCUGAUUGUUGUCCUUACCAACUGCUGGGUUCCCACUGUGCCACUUGCUCAGGCCUCGACUUUUAAGAUUGGGGAACUCAAAGGAGCCUGAGGGCCUUGGACCAGCUGCUCAGGUGACCCAUAAACAUCCGGGAGACCUGAUGAAGAAGAGAGGUUCUAUGUCCCAGACACCAAGAAAAUUUCUGUGCCUUCCCAGGUAACUGGAGACUUGAAGAUGCAUGAACUGACAAGUGGCGGUAAGGAUGGUUCUCUGUGAUGGUGGCUUUUAUCUAACAGCAAAUUCAGAGUGGGAGGGAGGAGGUAAGGAGGGAGAGGAGUGUGCAUGUGUGUAUAUAUGUACAUAUGUGGAAGCCAGAGGUUAACCUUGGGUGCCAUUGUUUGGGAGCCACAUACCUUCUCGCUCUGUCUGUCUGUCUCGUGUGUGUGUGUGUGUGUGUGUGUGUGUGUGUGUGUGUGUGUGUGCCAGAGGUCAACACCAGGUGUCUUUUUCAAUCAUUCUCCCCCUUACUUUUUGAGAUUUGGUCUCACUGAACCUGAAGGUCUUUGAUUUAGAGAGUCUGGCUGACUAAUGAGCUCCAGGGGUCUACCUGUCCCCCUCCCAUCCCCCUCCACCUGUCUCCCUCCCUUCCCCCCUGCAGUGCAAUGCAGGUAUAUGGAUGGGGCUAUGCCUAGCUUUUACACGGCUGCUUGGAGAUUUGAAUUCAGGGCUUCGUGCUUAUGUGGCAAGCUCUUUACCAACUGCUGAGCCUUCUCCCCAGCCCCUCCAUCUUGUUAGAUGAGAUGAAAUCUGUUACUGGUACCUGAGAUGUGCCAAUCAGGCUAGGCUGGCUGUCCAGCUGGCCUCAGGGGUCCCCUCGUCUCUGCCUCUGCAGUGCUGGGAUUACUACAUAAGCCAUCACUUCCAGCUUCCACAUAGGUCCUCUACACUUGUGUGGUGAGCCCUUAGCCUGCUGAGUUGUCUCCUAAGUCCUGUGUCCUAAUUUUUCUCAGCCAGUUUUCCCAGUGUCCUGAGCAAUGUUGUGUGCACCGAUGGAGAUGUCUGGCAAGUCUGGUCCCCAGCCUCCUUUGCUGUCAUCCCUGCUUCUUACCAGGUGUCUCUGAGCCAUGUCCUAGGGCCAGAGUCAGGGUCCCUCAGGUCCUCUGCUUCCCCACAACCAGUUCAGGCUGGCUCCUGGUCCUAUAUUGAUUCCCUACCUCUAUUCCAAGAGAAAAGACUGGAGUCCCAUUUCCACUAACAGAGAAGGGCUCUGGCUCCUUGGGAGGUGGGUCAGACUCUUGCGGUUCUAUCAAACUGGCUGAUGGAGUAGUGACCUUGAGGCAGAACAGAGGUGUAGUGUAGAGAUAGGCCCUUCCAGGUGUGGGAUUCAGGAAGGCUUGAAGGACAACUGACAAAGGGGGUUCAUUUGGAGGGGAAGGGCUUUUAGUAUUGCUGUGGGAUGGUCUGUAUGUCAAAUGUGUUGCUGAUUGGUCAAUGAAUAAAUCACUGAUUGGUCAGUGGCCAGGCAGGAAGUAUAGGCAGGACUAACAGAGAGGCGAAUUGAGAGAACAGGAAGCUGAGUGAGGGAGACACUGCGAGCCGCCAUCAGGACAAGGAAGAUGUAAAGUACCGGUAAGCCACAAGCCACGUGGCAAGGUAUAGAUUAAUAGAAAUGGAUUAAUUUAAGCUGUAAGAACAGUUAGCAAGAAGCCUGCCACGGCCAUACAGUUUGUAACCAAUAUAAGUCUCUGUGUUUACUUGGUCGGGUCUGAGUGGCUGUGGGACUGGCAGGUGAGAGAGUUUGUCCUGACUGUGGGCCAGGUAGGAAAACAUUAGCAACACAGUAUAGAGGACAAUUUGCGUAAAGGCACAAGGUUGCCUCACAGGCGGUUUGUAUACUUGCCUUAACCAAUUCUGGCCCCAAGUCUGGGGCCACUUGUGUGUCUGGAGUAGAAUAUGGCCCUCGACAUUCCCAGCCCACUCUUUCCAUCCCAUUGUGACACCAUCUCCAGCCACCAAUGGAACCCCAGGGUUCUGCUUCCAAGGACACAGUUGGGUCUGGACAGCAGUCAGGUGGGCCCUGGCUUAGACUUGUGGUCCUGUCUCCAGGGAGGAGGGACGGGGGUGUGUGUAGAAGGUGGCAAUUCUGAUGGUACCUGGUGAGUGUGGAGCCAUGUUCUCAACACAGAUGUGGGCGGGAAUGUGCCUGGGCCUGUUCAGCUGUGGGGACUCUGUGGAAAGAGCAGGCUAUCCUCAAGGGACGCGUGAGUUUUCAGGUGUGGCACCUGGCCAUUUUCUGUGUGCAGGUGGAAUACUGGAUUGUCUGUUCUUCUAGCAGGACCUUUAGGAUCAGGGGAGGGCGGUGUGGUCAGGGGUCUUGCAGAUUGCCAAUCCCCAUGGGUAUUCCGUGGAGGGAGGAGUGCUCAGGGGAGGGACGGGUGGUCAGGAGCCUUGCAGACUACCAGUCCCUAUGGGUAUCUGAGUAAUGCUAAAUUAACCAGGCUGGCCUUGAAAUCAUCUUGUACCCUAGGCAGCCCCUCAACCUUGGGAUCCUCCUGCCUCAGCUUCACAAGUAGUUGGAAUUACAGGCCUAUAGUGCCAGACCCAGCUUCCUUCUUUUACUUUGGCCUGAAUUUUUAUUAUCUUCUUUGAAUUUAUUCUUUACUUUUUCUUUUACUUUUUAUAAUGAAACUUAAUUGAUCGAUAUUCAGCCUUUAAUUUUCUAUUAAAAAGCCAAAGCUCUACAUCCCUACAAAUUACCACUUUUAAACCACCCAUACAUUUGAUUCUUCAUUGUCAUCACUUAUAAAUACUUUAAUUUCCUAUGAUUUCUUUAAUGUUUGAGGUACUCACAAGUUUUUUCCUUAAUGUAUUGAGCAGUGAGAAGACUCACGGCCAAAGUUAAGUUGAUCCUUCUCUGUUGAUGUUCAGAUGACCGAGCAUGGCCACCAUGACCAUGUGGAAGUAGAUUGAAUGGUGUGGAUGUAUGCGUUUCGGCAUUUGCAUCAAAAUACCAAGACUUCCAGUAAAACUAGCACAGUUGAGAUAGACUGGUGUCGACACAAGGGUAUGCACACAGAUCCAUGAAACCGAGCAGAGCUCGGCACCAGGUCCGCACAGAUGCAGUCAACUGGGCGAAACGUAGUGGAGGAAAUGGAGUCUUCUCAAUGAGUGUACUAUACUAUUUGGCUAUCUAUAGGGAAAAUAUUAAUCUAGAUACAUCCACCUUUUACAAAAAUUAACUCAAAUCAGACCAUAGACUUAAAUGUGAAACAACAGAAUAAAACUUCUAGAAUAGGCCAGGCGGUGGUGGCGCACGCCUUUAAUCCCAGCACUCGGGA